AAACAAAAGCGGUGCAGAUCCUCCUCCGCCGAAGCUCCUCCUUCCUCCGCCGUAUCUUCCUCCCUCCCUCCCGCCGCACUCUCGCCGCCUCGUCGAUCGUUCCUCCGCUUGCCUUCCCCUUCGAAGCCGCUCCUCGCCGCUCGAUUCCUCCUCCUCCUCCGUCUCCUCCUCCGUCUACUCCUCCUUCUCCUGCUUCGCGCGGCGAGAUCGCUGAGCGUAUAUAGUCGUGGGGAGCUCUCCGUAUCCGAGGCACAGCAACCGGUGGUUUGGUAUUUGGAUCGGAUUCGGUUGCGAUUCGAGCCAUGUCCGGCCGAGAUCUCGAGCGAGGCCCCGGGAAGGGCCCCGCCGCGGGCGGCGGCGGUUAUCCUCCCAGCGCGGGCUACAACCAGACGGCGUACUACCCGAAUCGCCGCGGCGACUCCGACAGCCAGUGGACGUCGUGGCUUGUCCCGGUGAUCGUCGUCGCCAACGUGGCGGUGUUCAUCGUGGCGAUGUACGUGAACGAUUGCCCGCGGAACAACCCCGGGUUCGAGGGCGGCUGCGUCGCCAGGUUCCUCGGGAGGCUCUCGUUCCAGCCGCUCAAGGAGAAUCCCCUCUUCGGCCCUUCUUCCAAUACAUUGCAGAAGAUGGGAGGUUUGGUGUGGUACAAUGUUGUACAUGGAAACCAAGGUUGGAGACUUGCCACAUGUAUGUGGUUGCAUGCCGGUGUCAUUCAUCUGCUUGCAAACAUGUUGAGCUUGGUCUUCAUUGGAAUUCGCCUUGAACAGCAAUUUGGCUUCGGGAGAGUUGGAGCAAUCUAUCUAAUAUCAGGAUUUGGUGGUAGCAUUCUGUCCUCCCUUUUUAUUCAGAACAAUAUCUCUGUCGGUGCUUCUGGCGCUGUCUUUGGGCUUUUGGGAGCGAUGUUGUCAGAGCUUCUAACUAACUGGACCAUCUAUACCAAUAAGGCUGCAGCUCUUUUCACAUUGAUAUUCAUCGUAGCCAUUAAUCUAGCAGUCGGGAUUCUCCCUCACGUGGACAACUUUGCCCAUAUUGGAGGAUUCUUGACAGGAUUCCUCCUUGGUUUUGUUUUGCUCGUCCGGCCCCAGUUUGGCUGGGUGGAGCGUCGCUAUCGUCCUGCCGAUGCUCGUGUCAAAUCGAAGCACAUGGGCUACCAAUAUGCCCUCUGGUUGAUUGCCUUGGUCUUGUUGAUAGUUGGAUUUGUGGUGGGGUUGAUCAUGCUUUUCAGAGGCGAGAAUGCAAAUGACCACUGCAGCUGGUGUCACUACCUCAGCUGCGUCCCGACUUCGAGAUGGAAGUGUAAUAACUGAGAAAAGUCCGAGAGUUCUGUAUCUCAUAUGCUCGUGUUCAUUGGUACAUUUGAUUUUCUUUGCAUGUCAUAACUAGUUCUUUCAUUUGUUUAUUGCGUGACAUCCCUUACCGCUUGUGUAAAUCUGUAGCUUCAGACACCUCUUCGUUAUUUUGCCCGUCAAUUUAUAGAAAUACAGUAUACCCAGGUC